AUGUCGUGCAAUGAGUAUUGGUUAGGGAGAUCAGUUCCCAAGCUGUCUGUAGCAAUACUCGUUGGUCUCCUGGUCUUUGGCAUCGAUAACACCUUUGGUCAGCUUUCACGCAAUGGCUUCAGUGAGUACAUCAGCAGCACGCUGGCUGGCCACGGACCCCAGUAUCUUCCCGACACUGGAGACGUUCUCGUGACGCGUUAUGUUGGGAUUCCGUUCAUCGACAGAUUGUGCAUACGGGCCAACAUAUUGCUCUCUGGGUUUGCCACCCAGCUUCACCCCGAGGUGACACUGUACUGUCUGUCCCAUUGUGGCGAUCUCGUUGCUGGUUGCCUGCUCCUCGUCAUCGAGAGCCACCGCAAGGGCAAUGCGCAUCACGUCUUGUCGCUCACGGGCCUCUGGCUCACUCUCAUCAUCCUCUUUGAUUUCGCCAGCAUCACGCCCAUAUUCGCCAUCAUUCACCUACUUAAGAUGUCCAGGUCGAGAGACUUGUCAAGCGCCGUGCACCUCAACGACCCCUUCAAACUUGUGGCGGUCGUGCCGGCUCUAUUUCCUGGCCUGAUUCUGCCUUUGAUACUGACCGUGUCUCCCUUCCGAGACGCAUCCUUCCGCCAGUGGCUCACGGCCCUCUGCAUGCUAUUUCCUCUUUAUCUCGGGUUCUGGCAGUUUCUCGCCGCCAAGGUACUGCGGAGGAUGCACGCCGGCCAAUACGUCGGGGCACGCCAGGCCGAGAUCGAUUCGGCAGCGCUACGCAUCGUUUACGACUUUGCGUUAGGGAUUGCUACCUUCACGCAGAUUCUGUCGUAUGCCAUCCUCUACGUCACGCGGCUCAGCUUUGCGCGUGUGUACAUUCCGGCAGUACCGCACCAGGUAGAUCCAUGGGCGUCUGGGGCGCAGAUCAUGCACGAAUUUUACAAGUACGAUCAUCUGGUUGGCUCCCUCGUUGGGGUCGUCUGGGCUGCAACCCUGCUUGGCGGUUUCUGCCCGGAUGCGUUCGCGAAGGGGCAGAGGGCUCGGACCGUGAUGCAUAUGGCUGGGAGGACGUUAAUCUCCGGCCCAGUGGGCGUGACGUUGUGGCUCAUGCGUCAGAGAGACGAAAGUGUACUUGCAGAGGAACUGGCGAGGAUGGAGUGA